CAAAUGCACCGUCAGUCAAAAUCAUCUCAAGAUUUACAUUUUGAAAUCACAAGUCCUCGUGUCGAUGAACUCCUCUCUCUCUCUAUCUGGCCCCUCUCCCUCCCUCUUCCAAAAUCCAAACACUCUUUCCCUCGCUCAAUUUAUAACUAUAUCAACUAAGCUCAUAUACCAGUGUAUAUUUUGAGAACAAAUUCAGCUCAGUUUCCAAAAGUAGCUACCCACAAAGUUUUCAGUUUCUCUGUCCCUGCAACUUGUCUAAAAAUCUCACCUUUUUCAUGGCUAUUUGAAAGUUAGGGCUUUUUAAAUGAAACCCAUGUCUGUUCUUUUAGUUUAAGCCUCAGAAGAAGGAAUAUUGAACCUGGUAAUUUUGUGCACAUACGUUGCAAUUUUUGUGUUAGGGUUUGAGAUUUAUAGUGGAAUUGUACUGUAAAAAUCUCACCUUUUCAUCUUAUUUGAGAAUUAGGGUUCUUAAAACGAAACCCAUGUCUGUUUUCUUACUUUAAUAGACCCCAGAAGAAAGAAUAUUGAACCUGGUAAUUUUGUGUGCAUAUGUUGCAGUUUGGGUAUUAGGGUUUGAGAUUUUGUAGUAGAGUUUGUACUGUAAAAAUCUCAACUUUCCAUUGGUAGUUGAAAGUUAGGGUUCUUUAAACGAAACCCAUGUCUGUUUUUUAAUUUAAACCCCAGAAAACAGAAAUAUUGAACAUAUGUUGCAAUUUCUGUUUUAGGGUUUGAGAUUUGUAGUAGAAGUUUCUUUUUGGGAUUUAGGGAUGGAUGGGAGGAGAAUAACUGCGAGUCCUCGGCCAUGUUGUGGGAGGAGAGUGGUGGCGAAGAAGCGCCCACGAGGCGGAAUGGAUGGUUUUGUGAACAGUGUUAAGAAGCUUCAAAGGAGAGAGAUUGGUUCCAAGCGUGACCGUUCUUUCAGUAUGAGCGAUGCUCAAGAGCGUUUUCGGAAUAUACAGUUGCAGGAGGAAUAUGAUACCCAUGAUCCAAAAGGUCAUUGUGCCAUGGUACUUCCAUUUCUUAAGAAAAGGUCAAAGAUAAUUGAGAUAGUUGCUGCCCGCGAUAUUGUUUUUGCCCUUGCACAAUCUGGUGUCUGUGCAGCAUUUAGCCGAGAAUCAAACCGGAGGAUAUGCUUUCUGAAUGUCAGUCCAGACGAAGUCAUACGAAGCUUGUUUUACAACAAAAACAAUGAUUCUUUAAUCACUGUUUCGGUCUAUGCUUCAGAUAAUUUCAGUUCCUUGAAAUGCAGAACAACAAGGAUUGAAUACAUAAGGAGGGGUAAACCAGAUGCUGGAUUUGCUCUAUUUGAGUCUGAAUCAUUAAAAUGGCCUGGUUUUGUGGAGUUUGAUGACGUGAAUGGAAAAGUACUUACUUACUCUGCCCAGGAUAGCAUAUACAAGGUGUUUGACCUGAAGAAUUAUACGAUGUUAUACUCAAUCUCAGACAAAAACGUUCAAGAGAUAAAAAUCAGUCCAGGAAUCAUGCUGCUAAUAUUUACCAAAGCUAGUGGCCAUGUUCCUUUAAAGAUUCUCUCUAUUGAGGAUGGUACUGUUCUGAAAUCUUUCAACCAUCUGCUUCACCGAAACAAGAAGGUGGAUUUUAUUGAACAGUUCAAUGAAAAGCUUCUUGUGAAACAAGAGAAUGAAAAUCUUCAGAUUCUUGAUGUCCGCAAUUCUGAGUUGACAGAAGUAAGCAGAGCCGAAUUCAUGACCCCAUCAGCAUUCAUAUUUCUGUACGAGAAUCAGUUAUUCUUGACGUUCAGAAAUAGAACAGUAGCUGUUUGGAACUUCCGUGGAGAGCUUGUGACUUCAUUUGAGGAUCACCUAUUAUGGCACCCUGACUGCAAUACAAACAACAUUUAUAUUACUAGUGAUCAGGACCUUAUUAUUUCAUAUUGCAAAGCUGAUUCUGAUGAUCCCUUAUCAGAAGCAACUGCGGGAUCAAUCAAUAUCAGCAACAUUUUGACAGGCAAAUGCCUUGCUAAAAUAAAAGCAACUGACAGCCGUGCCUCAGAUGAUUGUAGCUGCAGUAGCAGUUGCAAUGAGCAUGGUGGCAGAAGUUGCAAUGCUAAGAAGCGUAUCCAAGCUUCCAGAAUUAGGAGCACGGUUGCAGAAGCCCUGGAAGAUAUCACUGCCCUUUUCUAUGACGAAGAGCACAAUGAGAUCUAUACCGGAAACAGUCUUGGGCUUAUCCACGUAUGGUCUAACUGAAGGUUGACUGAUUUCCCUAUUCUCCGAAUAUGUCAAAAAGGUAACACAAACAUGCCAUGAGAAGACUUCACCAUUAGAAUGUCAUCUUCUCGUCUCUCUCUAUCCAUUUUCUUUUUUUAAUUUUUAGUGUGUUGUCUUGUUACCCCACGAAAGGGGAGAUGGUUUGAUUUGUGUCAUCUAUUUACUUCACAGUGCAUGUCUGUUAAUAAUUUGGUUUCCCGAGUGAUAACCCUUUUUUAACUAGAGUGAGUUGAUAAUUUCUAGUGUUGUAGUGCGUCUUUAACUUUGGACUGUCUAUUGGGUUGUACACAGAGCGAGCUAACAAGCUUUUACUCGAUGGCUGAGAGGAUAUUAUACUGUUGACCUGA